UGCUUGGUGCUGCUAUUAUAAAUAGGAGAUAUUAAGAAAUUGGGAAGAGAAUCUUUCUGUGUGUUUUCCAGUGGUUAAGUUGGUGCGAUGAAGGAAGUGGUGUAGGACGAAAAAUCUCAAUCUCACGUGCAUAGGUCUGUAGCUUUUUGUUUGUGUGGACUAUCAAUCCACUUUUAAGAUUUCAACCCAAAAGGGAAAUUCUUCUUCUUAAGCUCAUCAUCAUAAAAAGGUUACUUUGUUUCCACCAUUACCACUACCCCUGCUUUAGCCUUUGCUAAAACCAUCAUCUAAUCAUUCUCUCUCUCUUUACAACCACACUUUCCCACUUUAACAACAACAAUGGCCCUAGAGGCCGUGGUUUUCCCGCAAGAUCCAUUCACUUACCCUUGCAACAAAGACUACUUCUACUCGCUGUUGCACAACAAUCUUCAAGAAGCAGAAAACAAAGCCUUUCUAGGCAUCAUCACCAACAACAUAGACCACACUCUGCAUGCAAAUUGGGAUUCUUCUUCUCCUUCCGCUUUGCAAAAUAUCAAAGACCAAUGGGACUCACACUCCUCCCCUGAACCCUGCACCGUCGAUCAAUCUCUCCCCGCCGCCUUUCCUCCUCCUCCUCCUCCCUCCGAACCCACCCCCGGCCGCCGCAAACGCCGCCGCACCAAGAGCACCAAGAACAAGGAGGAGAUCGAGAAUCAAAGAAUGACCCACAUUGCAGUUGAACGCAAUCGAAGAAAACAGAUGAACGAGUACCUCGCCGUUCUAAGAUCCCUGAUGCCACCCUCUUAUGUCCAAAGGGGUGAUCAAGCAUCUAUUAUUGGUGGCGCCAUUAACUUCGUGAAGGAGCUGGAGCAGCUUCUGCAGUGCAUGAAGGGGCAGCAGAGAACGAAGGAAAAUGGCGGUGGCUUCUCUGACUCGUCAUCACCCUUUGACGAGUUCUUCAUGUUCCCUCAGUAUUCGACACGUGCGACACAGAACGGCAGAGGGUACCCUAGCACGUGCGAAGCACGGAGCCAUUCAUGGGCCGUGGCAGACAUAGAAGUGACCCUUGUGGAUGGCCAUGCCAACAUAAAGAUACUCUCGAAGAAACAACCGGGCUUGCUUCUGAAGAUGGUUGUUGGCCUUCAAACUCUCGCCUUCACCAUUCUCCACCUUAACGUUACCACUGUCGACGAUAUGGUCCUCACCUCGGUUAGUGUUAAGGUAGAGGAAGGGUGUCAGAUGAACACAGUGGAAGAAAUUGCAGGUGCGGUGCAUGAAUUAUCCCGCAGGAUUCAGGAGGAAGGUGUUUUGAGGUGAUGAUUAUUAAACAUGGAAAUGGUAAAAGGGUAGCUAAUGCAGGUUGUUUUAUGAAUAAUAGUGCAAACCUAAACCUUGGUGAAAUGCGUUGGAGUUUGCAGAGUGACCCGUGAAGAAAUAUAGCAGAAGGGAUAGCGUUGUUGUACAUGCAUCAGUGUGAAGGUCAUAAAUAAGCUAGGAGAUGCUAAUUAAAGCAUAGGUUUCUCACUCUUUUCUCGUUUCAUAUUUUUUUCCUCUUUAAUGUCAUUCUCCCACUUUCAAGAACUUGGGCAAAGAAGGGAAAAGGGGGUUGGAAACGACAAGCAAUUUAUGCCGUGGAGGCCCCUCAGAGAAGUGUGUGUGAAUUAUUAGCGUUAUUUUUAGAGCAUGAGCAUCGUUAAUUUGCUUGGAAUGUCUGUGGACCUCUUUGCAAUUAUUUUGCACUGUAGAAGAUUUGGAUAUUAAAUAAUGAAUAAUAUUCCGUGAUGGGAGUUGAAAACA